CUGAAAAAAAGACGUUUAAGUUCAGGGCACUCAGAGGCAGAGAUGGGUCCAGCAAACCUCCAAACCAGCCCCCAACACACACACACACACACACACACACACACACACACACACACACACACACACACGCUGUGGGUGGCCACCACUGCCAGAAAUCAUUAGACUGGAGGGCAUGAAAACUCCUUGGGCUCUUUAAAGAGUCAUCAGAUGGAGACUUAACCUAGCCCGAUCACUCCUCUGUGGGAACACCUCCCCUGAUGAGCCUCCUGGAUUUCCCCUUGGCAACCACUGGUCAGCAGUUUCCCCUUCACGACCUACCGCUUCAAUUUUAUUCCUGUCCUACAGCUCUGGCUGCUGUCACCAGACUCCCAAAGGCCACUGAGGCUGCAGCAGCCACAGCAGGCCUGGAUUGAAGAUCAUAUCAAACAUGGAUGAAAUUAACUGGGAAAAUUAUGACUUUGGUGAUAACUACAGCUACAGCACAGACCUGCCCUCUAUCAUACCAGAUUCUUCCCCAUGCCUGCCUGAGUCUUUGAAUAUCAACAAGUAUGUCGUGCUUGUCAUCUAUGUGCUGGUGUUUGUACUGAGCCUGCUGGGAAAUUUGCUGGUGAUCCUGGUGAUCCUGUCCAGUCGGGCCAGCCGCUCAGUCACAGACAUCUACCUGCUCAACCUGGCCAUAGCCGACCUGCUCUUCGCCUUCAGCCUGCCCAUCUGGGCCACCUCCAAGGUCAAGGGCUGGGUCUUUGGCACCCCCCUGUGCAAGCUGGUGUCCCUGCUGAAGGAGGUCAACUUCUACAGUGGCAUCCUGCUGCUGGCCUGCAUCAGCGUGGACCGUUACCUGGCCAUCGUCCAUGCCACACGCACCCUCACCCAGAAGCGCCACUGGGUCAAGUUCAUCUGUCUUGCUAUCUGGGGCCUGUCCCUUGUCCUGUCUGUGCCAGUUGUCCUGUUUCGCAAAGCCUUCCAUCCACCCUACUCCAGCCCCGUCUGCUACGAGGACAUGGGCGUCAACACCACAAAAUGGCGGAUGGUGAUGCGUGUCCUGCCUCAGACUUUUGGCUUCCUGCUCCCGCUUCUGGUCAUGCUGUUCUGCUAUGGGCUCACCCUGCGCACCCUGUUUGAGGCCCACAUGGGCCAGAAGCACCGGGCCAUGAGGGUCAUCUUUGCCGUUGUGCUGGUCUUUCUGCUCUGCUGGCUGCCCUACAACCUGGUCCUGGUGUCAGACACCCUCAUGAGGGCCCAUGUGAUUGAGGAGACCUGUACUCGCCGCAUUCACAUUGGCCGGGCCCUGGAUGCCACUGAGAUCCUGGGCUUCCUGCACAGCUGCCUCAACCCCCUCAUUUACGCCUUCAUUGGCCAGAAGUUCCGUCAUGGGCUGCUCAGGAUCUUGGCCAACCAUGGCCUCAUCAGCAAGGAAUUCUUGUCCAAGGAGGCCAGGCCUUCCUUUAUUGGCUCUUCUUCAGGGAACACUUCCACGACCCUCUAAACCCUGCACUCCUUCCUGCCCCAGAGGCAGCACCUCUGGGCUCCUCCUUCCCCUCCAGCAUCUCAUUCCAAGCCUCACAACACAUUACUGCUUAAGAGGAAACCUACCAGGGUCCUUGACUCCUGGGAGAUAUCCCUAGUUAAAUAAAAAGAAAGACACAGCCUUCAUUCUUGCCUUUGAAUACUGGUAUGGGAUAUGAUGUAUAGCACUUUGGAUAAUGUGGCAAAAAAUCAAACAAACAACAACAAAACAGACUGAUAAAGUCAAAGAGCAGAAAGAAACUGAAAAUAAAGAGCCAGAAAUAAAUAUAAGCAUAAAAGGUCAAAUGUGUAAGACUAUUCAGUAAGGAGAGGUUAGAUAAAAAAGGAGAGACUAGACCCUUAUUCUACACCAUAUAUAACAACUCAAAAUAUAUGAGGGGCUUAAGUAUAAGAGCUAAAUCUCUUAGAAGAAAAAAUAAUGGAUUUGUCCAAAGCAGUGUGGAGAACUCUCAGAAGGCUAGAAAUGGACCUACCCUAUGAUCUUGCAAUUCCUCUCCUGGGGAUAUAUUGUAAGGAACCCAACACACCCAUCCAAAAAGAUUUGUGUAUACUUAUAUUCCUAGGAGCACAAUUUGUAAUAGCCAAAAUCUGGAAGCAACCCAGGUGUCCAACAACAGAUGAGUGGCUGAGCAAGUUGUGGUAUAUAUACACAAUGGAAUACUACUCAGCUAUAAAAAAUGGUUACUUCACCAUUUUCAGCCGAUCUUGGAUGGAGCCUGAAAAAAUAACGUUAAGUGAAAUAAUUCAAAAAUAGGAUAAAUGUGGGAUGAUCUCACUCUCAGGCAUAAGUUCAAAAACAAGAUCAGAAGAGAAAACACAAAUAGAACCUGAACUGGAGUUGGUGUAUUGCACCAAAUUAAAAGACUCUGGGGUAUCCAAAGAUGACCUAGUGGGAGUUGUAUUGUUAUGUGAAAAACUGGGGAAUGUUAUGCAUGCACAAACUAUUGUGUUUACUGUUGAAUGUAAAACAUUAAUUCCCCAAUAAAGAAAUUUUUAAAAAAAGAAAACAUAAUGGAAAAUUUUCAUGAUGACAGAUUUGGUGAUUUUCUUGGUAUGAUGCCAGAAGCAUAAGCAACAAAGAAAACUGGAAGGAUUGGGACACCUAGGGGACUAAAGAACACUAUCAACAAGAAAGAAAAAGGCAAACUACAGAAUAGGAGGAAACAUUUGCAGAUCACAUAUCUGGUGAAGAAUCUGUACACUCAAUAACAAAAGAAGUAAAUCAAUAAUAUGGGAAUCAGGAACAGUGAAAUGUCACUUCACACCUAUUAAAAUAACCAUGAGAGAAGGCAAGAAGGAAGGAAGGUAGGAAAAGUUGUAGAGUACAUCAAGAAACUAGAUCCCCUGGGCAAUGCUGGUGGGAGUGUGAGAUGGUGCAACCACUAUGGAAAACAGUACGAAAGUUCCUCAGAAAACUAAAUAUAAACUCAAAUAUGAUCCAAUAAUUCCACUUCUCGGUGUAUAUCAAAAAAAAAUGAAAGCAGAGACUUGGAUAGAUAUUUGUAUACUCAUGUUCAUAGCAGCAUUGUUCACAGCUGAGAAAAGAGAGCAACAACUCAAAUGCCCAUCAACAGAUGAAGGAUAAGCAUGGUGUGAUAGAUAUAUAAGGUGUGGAGCGUUAACAGUGUUACUCAGUCUUUGAAAAGGAAUGGAAUUCUGAUGUGUGCUGUAACAUGGCUGAACCUUGAAAACAUACUAAGUGAAAUAAGUCAGAUACAAUAUUGUUUGCUUUCAUGUGUAUGAGAUGCCUUGAGUAUCAGAAUUCAAAGAAGACAGGAAGCAGAAUAGUGGCUAUCAGUGGUGAAGAGGUGGUUAGAGAGAAUAGUGACUUAUUAUUUAAAGGGCACAGGACUCAUUCUGGUAAUGAAGGAUCCUGGAGAGGGAUAUUGGAAAUUAUUAUACCAAGUGUGAAUAUGCUUAAUGUCACUGAACUGUGUAAUUGCAUUGAUUAAAAUGGCAAUUUUGUAUAUGAUGGCUAUUUUACAACAAUUAAACAGAACAGUUUCCAAAAGA